CCUCCUCCUCCUCAGYAUCAGCAUCAGCACCAGCAGAGACGUGUCCUGCCCCCACCUCCUGAGUCUCUGCUCCACUGCGGACCGCGGCCUGUCUCCAGCUCAUCAUGGACAACACGGGCAAAGAGAAGGAGGCCAUGCAGCUGAUGGCGGAGGCCGACAAGAAGGUCAAAGCGUCCGGCUCCUUCCUGGGAGGGAUGUUCGGAGGCCAUCAACUGUCUAAACCAGGCUAUUGACAUCUACACUGACAUGGGUCGCUUCACCAUCGCAGCCAAACAUCACAUCACCAUCGCAGAGAUUUAUGAGUCAGAGCUGGUGGACAUCGAAAAGGCCAUUGCUCACUAUGAGCAGGCAGCAGAUUACUACAAGGGAGAGGAAUCCAACAGCUCGGCCAACAAGAGUCUGCUGAAGGUGGGACACUACAGCGCUCAGCUGGAGCAGUACCAGAAAGCCAUCGAGAUCUACGAACAGGUGGCUAUGAGUACCAUGGACAACCCUCUGCUGAAGUACAACGCUAAAGAAUAUUUCUUCAAAGCUUCCUUGUGUCACUUCAUAGUGGAUGAGCUCAAUGCUAAGUUGGCUAUAGAAAAGUACGAGGAGAUGUUUCCAGCUUUCUCAGACUCAAGAGAGCUUAAACUGCUGAAGAAACUCCUGGAGGCCCACGAGGAGCAGAACAGCGAGGCCUUCACCGAGGCCGUGAAGGAGUUCGACUCCGUGUCCCGUCUGGACCAGUGGCUGACCACCAUGCUGCUCCGCAUCAAGAAGACCAUCCAGGGAGACGCCGGGGACCUGAAGUAGACCAGAGGGGGGAGGUGUGGGAGGGGGAGGAGGAGGGGAGGGGGUGUUAAAGGGACAGUCUGCUCAUUUUAGAUGUGAUCUGUUCAGUAUGAGCAGCGAGGGUCUUAUCGGUCCUGACAUCAGUCUGCAGGAAAGAGACUGUUUUUUUAUUGACUUUCAAAAUAAAAGUCACAUUUGACAUUCUAAAAUUAAAGUGAUAAACAUCAAAUUGCCUCUAGAUUUGAUUCUCUUACAGUAAAUAUAAAGUAAAGCUUAUGUCCUUUAUAACUGACUGAUGAAGAUGAAGGUGAAAACAUCUUUUCCAUUAUUCUGUUACAGGAAGGUUGAACCUCAGCAGCUUUAUUAGUUUUAAAUUUAAACAUUUGAUUCGAUACAAACAGCUGCUUCUGUAUGGAGCUAAACUGGGACCAAAAGUUUCGUUCAAAAUUAAAAGUUUUUCAAAGUGAAAUAAAUGUAUUAGAAACUGGAAAAGUUUCAAACAACUUUUUUUUUUGUUUCAAUUUCAAAAACGUUUUAAUUUGAACAAAACUUAUGACCCUAAUUUAUCUCCGUACAUGCUAAGAAAACUUUGCUCCUGGCUUCUCGUUUGCUGAAGUGAAGACAAAUUUAAUUAGUUUUCAUUUGAAUCUUAACGUCCUGUCUGCUCAUCAGUCCCACAUGUCUGUCCUCCCAAACACACCUGUUUGUGCUCAGGCGUCACACCUGGACGAUGGGCUGAAAGGGGGCGGAGCUUCAGCUCGUUAAAUGAGGCUAAACAUGUGAGAACUCUCCCAAAGUAAAACGUGGUAAUAUAUUUUUAAUAAUCAUCGUUAUUUCUCGAUAGACAUGUUUUUGUGAUUGUUUGGAUCAUUUUUUACUUUAGCCUGAAAAAUAAAUGAUUAAAUUAAGUUAAAUUAAAAUAAAAUAUAAUAAAAUAAACAGGCCCGUUAGCCUGGCCUGGAGGACAGCUCUUCUCUAUGCUCUGUGUUGUCUGACUGAUGAGGCACUGACCACUGAUCCGUGUUGGAUAGAACCUGUUAAAAUGAUCAGACUGUUCUUUUAUGCAGAGAAGCUGCAGAAACAGAUAAAUUACAGAUAUGUACAUAUCAGUCUGCAUGUGACCCCAAUCAAUUUAGCAUCACCUUUAAGUCCCUGUCCGAUGACCCGUGUCCCGUCAGUAUUGCACAGUAAUGAUGGACUGAACUGUACUUAGGGGAUAAAAUGUGUGUGUGCAGAAGAAAGAAUGUGUGUGAGUGUGUGUGUGUCCACAGGUGUCUCUGCGUUUUGAUGAGGUGUGCAGAUAUAUCACAACAAAACAAGAUUUAAAAAUGUUAUUAAAGAGAUUGUUCAUAUUUAUUGUCAAUACUGAAAAAAAUCAUUGUUUAUUAUUGUGCUCAGUGUUAUUGGUUUGUCUUAAUAUUUUUAGGUAUUAGCCCUCUUCUGUGACGUCCGUCCUGUUUUCAGCUGCAGCAAAGUUAGUGACAUCACUUCCUGUGGUGAGUCACUUCCUGUGAGGGCGGCGCAGUUGGCCACCGGAGCUGCUUGUUGUUUCUGUCCACUUCGUGCAUGUCUCUGUUGAUGUACGUGUUCUCUGUGUCGUGACCAGUAAAAACAUGCCGUAUCAUUUGUGUGAAAUCAGUAAAAAUGUAUCUGGGAUGUUGAAAUAAAAACAUCUUCACUCAA